GCGGGGUUCUAGCGAGGCCAGAGGAGGAAAGCUUAACGUUUUCACCAACCAAAUAGACAGAGAGAUCGUCCGAACAAGACAAGCAGCAGAUCACAGAGACAUGGCCACUGCCACCCAGAUUGUUGAGAAACUGAAACUGAAUCCACACCCGGAAGGUGGUUUCUUCUCUGAAACUUUCAGAGACACUUCCAUUCUCCUCCCCUUGUGUCAGCUCCCACCAGACUACAAGGUUGAUCGCCCUGUGAGUACAGCUAUUUACUUCUUGCUGCCAACUGGGGAUGUUUCGCGCCUUCAUCGGAUACCGUGUGCAGAAACAUGGCAUUUCUACCUGGGAGAACCUCUUACGGUGAUGGAGUUGAAUGAGGAAGAUGGGAAAGUCAAACUAACAAACAUUGGAGCAAAUUUCAUUGGAGAGGAUCAGGUACCCCAGUACACAGUGCCUCCAAAUGUUUGGUUUGGUGCAUUUCCUACAAAGGACUUCAACAUUUCACCAGAUGGGGGGGUGACCAAAGCUGCUCCAAGGGAUUCUGAGACCCACUACUCUCUCGUGGGAUGCACUUGUGCACCAGCCUUUCAGUUCCAGGAUUUUGAGUUGGCAAAACGCUCAGAGCUCAUUAAGCACUUCCCUGAUAGGGAGCCUCUUAUAAUAUUGCUAACAGAUCCUGAAAAAGCAUAAGCUUCGGCGGCCGGUGUCUUAUACCUCUUACGUGUUUAUGGAUUUGAAGUAAACUGGGGGUGAUUCAAAUUUGAAAUCCCAAACUUAAAAUGCAUAGCUUGUUAUGAGUUUGGAUCUACCGUGUGAAAUAUUAUUUGGUACUCGAUAUAUAUGUAAUAAUGGAAGGAGAAGAUCAAAAUCAUAUAUGGAGGUGAUUUGAUA